GACGCUUCCCAGCCUCCUGCCCCCGCCAGCGGCCCGGCCUUCAUCGCCAGCUUCGUCCAGGCCGAGACGCCCCGGCCAUGGCCAAGCAGCCGGGCGCGUCCUUCUCCAUGGGAACCUCUUUCUCGCUGGGCGAUGGGGCGCCUGAGGCCGAGAAGAACCUGGGCGAACCUGAGAACACCUAUAUUCUGAGGCCCGUCUUUCAGCAAAGGUUCAGACCCUCCGUGGUUAAAGACUGCAUCCAUGCUGUGCUCAAGGAGGAACUGGUCAAUGUUGAAUAUUCUCCGGAAGAAAUGCCUCAGCUCACAAAACGCCUGUCCGAGACCAUUAAAGAUAAAUUAAAAGAAAUGGGAUUUGACCGAUAUAAAAUGGUGGUGCAAGUAGUGAUUGGAGAACAAAGAGGGGAAGGAGUAUUCAUGGCUGCUCGAUGUUUCUGGGAUGCCGACACAGACAACUACACUCACGAUGUCUUCAUGAAUGACAGUUUAUUCUGCGUCGUAGCAGCAUUUGGCUGUUUCUACUAUUGAAUCUUUGAGGAGCUGGAAAAGAUUUACCAUGAAGAAAUUUGAACUUUUUUUUUUAAUCAUUAAAUAUUUGGACAAAAUAAAUAUAAGCUAGCAGUUUGGCAAAAGUUAAGUUAGCAGUUUGGCAACUGAAUCUGUUGUGUUCUAGCCCUUAUAUUUAUAGUGUUUUGAUUUUCUUAUAAUAGGUUCUAAACACAUUUGGAAAGGAGAGAAAAAAAUGGAAAAUCCACUUCAGUUGUUCCAACAUAACCCACUGUAAAUGUUUUGGUACAUUUUCUACCAGUUUUGUUUUUAUUUGCAGGGUUCUAAGAUUGCAGUUUUGAGCCCUGAUUUUUCAUUUCUCAUAAUGUCAUGAGCAGUUUUUCUGUCACUUUAUUUACAUUAUGAUUUUCAGAAUCAUAAAUUAAUAACCACAUUUGUUCUAUUAGGUCAUAAUAUUUUUGCCAUUUCCUUACUGAAGGACUACUUGUUUCUGAUUUCUUAUAUCAUAAAAAAUAGAGAUGAAUUCUUUUGUAUAUAAAUUAUAUAAAGCUUUCCCCUAUAUUUUGAAUGGCUGCCUUUACCUUUCUGGCCCAGUGUUCUUGCUGAGCUGUUGCCAUCCUGUGCCUUACACAGCUUCUUAGCCAUUUUUCUCCAGGGUUUGUGCAGAGCCAGGGCUUGAGAGGUUGCAAGCCAGUGUGUAGCCUCCUUAAUCUGAGAUUCUUACAUUGGCCACCAUCCAGACUCCCACUUACCUCUGCAUUGAUGCUCCCUGGGAGGGCCCUGGUGUUUCCUCCCGUUGGCUGGCCCUCGGCGCUUUAGUCUGUCCCCAGGUUCAAAUGCCUAUAUGAAACUCAAAAAGGAAGGGGUCAGAUUUAAAUCCAUUUUCUCCCUGGAGCUCCUCAGCAGAGGUACCAGUGUACUCACCCUCUUCAAGCCAAGCAUGUAGACGGAAAAUGGGUCGGAUUAUUGUUAUGGAAUAUCUGUGACCAGUGUGUUUUCCAUCUCCUGAGAAAGUGGAUAAGGUA